CGGGCCGGCCGAUAUGAAGCGUGACCAAGACGCAUCGUCUGACUCGGGGGUCCCACCACGGGUCCCGCAGCGGGGUGGAGGUUCCAGGCUGAAACCUCCCCAGGCUUAUUGCGAGUUCAACAGAGUGGUGGGGAAAGAUCUCAAGGACAACUUCUUCGAUGCACUUGACCGUUUCUCUCCGAGCCUGAUGGACCUCUUUAGGAAGAAGAAGGGUGUCACUGGCCAAUUUCUGUCUGAGCUAAGUCAGACAAAGACCACUGAGCCAACAGAUGCCUUUGUGUUCGGGGACUGCCAAUCAUCUUGGGGGAUGAGCCUUCUGCCUUCUUCAAGACCUGCACCGAUGCGGCUGAUAAGGAGGUGUACAGUCAAACUCCACUGGGAAUCCUCUGUGUCGGAGAAAAUCCUCAGCUGGGUGAAAUUGCCAUCUAGUGUGGCAAUCGUCUUGGAGGGGAAUGUGGUGAUGGAUGGACCGGCUAACCUGCCUCAAGCCUUCUGUGUCCUGUUCAGACUCAUUUAUGCCCUGCAACUGGAGUGCAUGAAAAACACUUUCCACUUUGUUCAGCAGCCACGUCUUCUGCUCAUCCCGAUGUCCCACGGCUUCUCCAAUCUGUCCGCUCCUCUGUUCCGCGCUGCCAGCUGGCCGAGGACAGCGCCCCCUGAGGGGAGGACAGGUGUAGCGGCUCACACUCCACUGAGCAGAUACCUGUGGCAUCGGGCGGGCACACACCCAACAAUGAGAGCAUUUGGAGACACUGAUAUAAG